CUAGUGAUAGUUUUCAAUUGUAGCAUUCACUGCUUGUUGUGUACGGUAGUACAAAAUUCCUUUUUUUUUUUUUUUAAUCCAAUUAUAAUAAAUGUGUCCUUAGAAUCUAGCCACAUUAUGCUCGAAAUGGUCUCCCUGUUGCAACCCAUAGCUCAGCCACCAAGUCAUGAGUCCCUUGAUUUCAAUGCUUCUAAGCUUACCUUUCACAAAUCAAAUCCACCUCAGCGACGUGAAUUUCCACAGCCCAUCUCGACGGGCCGGGGCCCGGCCCAAUUCUCUCCUUUGGACGACCCUUUAAGUUCAACCACCUAUGCUUCAGUUCUUGAUUCCUGCAAAUGUCCCAAGCUGGGUAAACAAGUCCACGCACAAGCACUCAAAAAUGGGUUCAACGGACACGAGUUUGUUGAAACUAAGCUGCUCCAGAUGUACGGGAAAUGUGGCUGUUCUGAUGAUGCAGUUCACUUGUUCGACAAAAUGCGUCAAAGAAACUUGUAUUCGUGGAAUGCUCUUCUUAAUGUGUUUUUAAGUAAUGGGUUUUACGAGGAAGCUUUUGAGUGUUUCGGGCAGGUGAGAUUUGAGGAGUUUGAAUUGGAGUUUUUCUUGUUUCCGGUUGUGCUGAAGAUUUGUUGUGGUUAUGGUGGUGCUGAGUUGGGCAAACAAUUACAUGGUACAGUGAUAAAGUAUGGAUUUGCAUCGAAUAUUUACGUGGGUAAUGCCUUGAUUGAUAUGUAUGGAAAAUGUGGGAGUUUGGAUUAUGCAGAAAAGUUUUUGAGCAACAUGUUGAAGAGGGAUUGUGUUUCUUGGAAUUCAGUUAUUACUGCUUUUGCUGCCAACGGAAUGUUAAGCGAAGCGCUUGAAGUUUUUAAUAAAAUGACUGCUGAGGAUCAUGUUACUCCAAAUUUUAUUUCUUGGAGUGCUUUGGUAGGUGGAUUUUCACAGAAUGGAUACGACGAAGAGGCUAUUGAAAAUCUCUACAAAAUGCAAGCUGCUGGAUUCCAACCAAAUGCCCAAACUUUGGCUAGUGUACUUCCUGCUUGUGGUAGAUUACAAAUGCUAUAUUUGGGGAAAGAAAUCCAUGGAUAUUUGACCAGACAUGAAUUGAUGUCUAACUCUUUCGUUGUUAAUGGCUUAAUUGAUGUUUACCGGAGGUGUGGGGAUAUGGAUAAUGCCCUCCUAGUAUUUUCAAUGUAUUCGAUGAAAAAUGAUGUCUCUUACAACACCAUGCUAGUGGGAUACUUUGAGAAUGGAGAAAUUUCAAAGGCUCAAGAGCUGUUUUAUCAAAUGGAACGUGAAGGAAAGUGUGAAGAUAUAAUUUCAUGGAAUUCGAUGAUUUCAGGUUAUGUAAACAACUUUAUGUUCAGUGAAGCUUUGAAUAUGUUUCACCAGGUAAUGUGGAAGGAAGAAAUUGAAGCAGAUUCCUUCACCCUUGGCAGUGCCCUUGCUGCUUGUGCAGAUAUGGGUUUGUUACGGCGUGGGAAGGAGAUACAUUCUUAUGCAAUUUCUAGGGGUCUGCAAACAGAUCCUUUUGUUGGUGGGGCACUUGUAGAAUUGUAUAGCAAGUGUCUAGAUGUCGGUGCUGCUCAGAAAGCUUUUGAUGAAGUAAAUGAGAGGGAUAUACCAACAUGGAAUGCUUUAAUAUCUAGCUAUGCUCGCUCUGAUGACAUGGUUAAUGUUGAACGCACUCUCGAGAAGAUGAAGGUAGACGCAUUUGAUCCAAAUAUGUACACUUGGAACAGUAUUAUUGCUGGCCAUGUUGAGAAUGCCCAUAAUGAAUCAGCUUUGCAGUUGUUUUCGGACAUCCAAUCCUCAGGUUUGAGACCUGAUAUUUACACGAUUGGGACCAUAUUACCUGCCUGCUCAAGGUUAGCGACUCUUGACCGUGGAAAACAGAUUCAUGCUUAUGCAAUUAGGUUUGGAUAUGACUCAGACACCCACAUAGGAUCGGCUCUUGUGGACAUGUAUGCAAAAUGUGGAUGUAUCAAGCAUGCUAGAAUGGCUUAUGAUAACAUUAAAAAGUAUAACUUGGUCACGGAGAAUGCAAUGCUUACUGCAUAUGCUAUGCACGGAUAUGGGGAGGAAGGAAUUGCAUUCUUCCGCGGAAUACUAGACAAUGGAUUCAUACCAGACGAUAUAACCUUUUUGUCAGCACUUUCUUCGUGCGUCCAUGCAGGAAUAAUAGAGACGGGGCUUGAAUUCUUCAAUCUGAUGAGAUCUUGUAAUGUGAAACCCACGUUAAAACACUACACAUGCAUGGUUGACCUUUUAAGUCGAACAGGUAAGAUAAAUGAAGCAUUGAAGGUCAUUAAAGAGAUGCCUUUGGAUCCUGAUACAGUGAUCUGGGGUGCCUUGCUUGGAGGCUGUGUUAUCCAUGGGAAUCUUGAGGUAGGUGAAAUUGCAGCAAACAAGCUCAUAGAGCUAGAACCAGGAAAUACUGGAAACUAUGUCAUGGUAGCAAAUUUAUAUGCUUCUGUAGGCAGAUGGGGUGAUCUUGCCAAAAUAAGACAACUCAUCAAUGAGAGGAAAAUGCACAAAAAUCCUGGAUGUAGUUGGAUUGAAGAUAAAGGUGAAAUACACGUGUUUGUAGCAUGCGAUACAUCCCAUCAAAGAACAGAUGAGAUUUAUGAAAUACUAAAUAUAUUGACAACACAAAUAAGAGUAGAAAAAUAGAAAGCAUUGUACUUUUGUAUAGAACAAACAAUUUACAUUCACAUUGUGAUAUUGUAAUGUCGCCAGAAAUUAACUGA